CUCAAUGGAUUACAUAUGGAUUACAGUUGCUGUUUUUCUUGUGUCGACAGCAGGUGCAGCAACCGGGGAAACAAAUGCUAAAUUCAGUAGAUUUCUUACUGAUUACAACAAAGUGGACCAUUGUUCAAGAAAUCCGUGUCAACACGGGGGCACUUGCGAAAAUCACCAUUCGCACACGGAAUGUAGGUGCACAGAUGCUUACACAGGGAUUUUUUGUGAAACAUUAAAAGAUCACUGUGCAAGUCAUCCCUGUCAACAUGGUGGAACAUGUCACAAUGAGAAGUCUUAUCACCUUUUAUCAGGGUCUGAAUACAGUUAUAGAUGCGAUUGUCAAGCAGGCUGGAUGGGUCAUAGUUGUGAAAUCGUUGAUCCCUGUUCAAACAAUCCAUGCCAAAAUAGCGGUACAUGCCAUCAUUCUUUUCAUCACCCACACGGAUAUUACUGCGCAUGCGCGACCGGAUAUGUUGGAGAUUAUUGUGAAACAGAUGUAAGUGCUUUGUCAGAUCCCUGUAGAAACCAACCAUGCAAAAAUGGAGGUGAAUGUAAAAGCACAGGAGGUAGUUAUGUCUGCACGUGCACUGCUAAUUGGUCAGGCACUCGGUGUGAUAAAGAUAUAAAUGAGUGUGACAACACUGAUCAGUGUAAAAAUGGCGGGACAUGUACAAAUACAGACGGGGCCUUCAGUUGUAACUGCAAAGCUGGCUGGACAGGAACAGUGUGUGACAACGAUAUUGACGAAUGCACAAUGUACCACAUUUGUCAAAACAGUGCCACGUGUUUAAAUUUACCAGGUACCUUUCACUGUACAUGCGCAACAGGAUUCAGUGGUGUACAGUGUGCUCAUGGUCAACCAACUACAUGUAGCCGUACUUGCAUUCUGCGGUCCUUGGCUUUUCAAAACUCUGUCAAGAGUGCCAACGCAACCACGUGUCCUAAUUCAUCUUCAUUUGGUUCGAACGAGGCGCUACCUAUGCAAUGUUGUCAAACACAGACAUCAAGCACUUGGAUCAAGGGCCAGCACGUCAUGACGCAAUGUAACAGUGGAACUAUGACACCGUAUACUACUGUAGCAAUAUUCAGAUCCGAUGGCUCGGUCGAACCGAACACAGCUGGUAUUCUUACAGAAUGCCUCAGUGGUGGCGCAGGAUUUUCGAUUGUUCGCCAAGAUUGCGCGUCCUUCCCAACCGUAAUACAUGUAAAUGGAACAGCUGUUGGUCAAGUUGAUAACAAGCCGGACCAUUACUCCAUCGUGUUGUGAAACAAUUUUCAUCUAACACGUGUUGUAAAGUGUUUGACUUCACUUUAGAAUAAAUUCUUUCCC